GUUUGGAUGCCGGGUGCUGCGGGAUGCUCCCUUCCUGCGGAAAGGGGGGUCCCUGCCUGCACCCCCUCCCUGCAGUGAGGAAUGUCGGGGCAGGGGGAGGGAUGCGGGAGCGAGCGCGGAUGAAGGGGGGGGCGGUUUCCAGGGCAACCUGCCUCCAUCUCCUGCCUUGCCCGGGCGGGGACACCCCGGAGGGACCCGGGGUGCGGGGGGAUGCGGAGGCCCCGUCCCGUCCCCCCUCUCCCUCCCUGCAUCCUUCCCUCCAUCCCUCCCUCCCGCCCAUCACCGCCGCGCCCGGGCUGCAGCAUCCCGCCCGCCGCAGCGCCCGCAGCGCCGGGGCCCCGGGGGACGGCGUGGCCGGUCGGGGUGGGGGGGCAGCGGGACCUCGGAGAGGCAGAGCAAGGGGACGUCCGCUGCUUUGUUCCCCCCGGGAGAGCCUGAAGCAGAAUCCUGGCUGCUUUCUGCUGGCGCAUUCUCGAUGGACAAGCUGAUUUCCCUGGAACGGGCGGUGGGGAUGAGCUUUAUUCCCAGCCGGCACGCACGGUCUGUCCUUCACUUUAAAAGGUCCGGAUCCUCCCGGUCAUCUGAUCCAGGUCAAGCAGGACUUUGCAUUGCCAACAGCCCCUGCAUCCCACCGGAGCGGAUCCCAGCGCCUGCGCCCCCGGAGCAAAGCAGGAGGCUCCUUCGGUCCCUGGAGGAUUGAGAGGCUGACCCCCCAUCCCCGGCACUGUCCCAUCCAUGGACAACCUCCCAUCAUGAGUGCGGACACCGAGCAGCUCCCAGCGGUGUCCCAGGCAGCCAGCGUGUCCCUGUGGACCGUAUCCAGCUGGGCCUCCUCCGAGGUGCCCCCCAACACCAGCAUGGCCAUGGGGGAGGCCGGCUGGCAACAAGGGCAGACGGAGUGGGGCAGCAAGGCGGGUGAGAUCGUGGGCAUGGUGGUGAUCCAGUGCAUCUAUGCUCUGGUGUGCCUGCUGGGGCUGCUGGGCAACUCCCUGGUGAUCUUCGUCAUCCUGCGCUACGCCAAGAUGAAGACGGCCACCAACAUCUACCUGCUCAACUUGGCCAUCGCUGAUGAACUCUUCAUGCUCAGCAUCCCCUUUGUGGCCACGUCAGCCGCCCUGCACCACUGGCCCUUCGGCCGGGCCCUGUGCCGCACCGUGCUGGGCGUCGAUGGGCUCAACAUGUUCACCAGCGUCUUCUGCUUGACCGUCCUCAGCCUGGACCGCUACAUCGCGGUGGUGCACCCGCUGCGGGCGGCCACCUACCGCCGUCCUCGGGUGGCCAAGAUGGUCAACGGCGGCGUGUGGCUCCUCUCCUUGCUGGUGGCUUCACCCAUCCCCAUCUUCGCCGGCACCGCAACCACCCGCGAUGGCCAAGCGGUGGCCUGCAACCUCCUGUGGCCGAGCCCGGCUUGGUCGGCCGCUUUCGUGGUGUACACCACCCUGCUGGGGUUCCUGCUGCCGGUGCUGGCCAUGGGGCUGUGCUACCUGCUGAUCGUGGGCAAGAUGCGCGCCGUGGCGCAGCGGGUGGGCUGGCAGCAGCGCCGGCGCUCCGAGGGCAAGCUCACGCGCCUGGUGCUGAUGGUGGUGGCCAUGUUCGUGGUGUGCUGGAUGCCCUUCUACGUGGUGCAGCUCGUCAACCUCCUGCUGCCCGGCCGCUUGGAUGCCACCGUCAACAACGCCUCCCUCAUCCUCAGCUACUCCAACAGCUGCGCCAACCCCAUCCUCUACGGCUUCCUAUCGGAGAACUUCCGGCACUCCUUCCACGGCGUGCUCCGGCGCUGCCUCGACGCCAGCCUCUGCUGCUGCCACGCUGGUGAGGGGGCAACCGAGGAGGAGGAGGAGGAGGAAGAGCCCCUCGACUACUGCGCUGCCCCCCGGGGGGACGACAAGGGCAAGGGCUGCGUGUGCCCAGCCCUGCCCUGCCAGCAGGACCCCGGGCUCCCCGAGCCCUGCUGCAAGCCCGCGCCGCUCCUCGCCAAGACCACCACCUUCUAGGGUGGCCCCAGGCCCUGUGGGUGUCCAGCGGGCGUGGGGAAGGGGGAUGGAGAGGGGAUGAACUGCCGUGGACCCUCGUGCUGUGCGGUUCAGCCAAAUAAAAGCCAUAAGAGUG